GUCCCACGUCACACACCUGUGUUCUUCAGGAAGUGCUCCUCGGGAUGCUUGUGAUUCACCUGCAGCUCGAAACUGGGUGGGAAUACUAAAAGAUCAUGUAAAACGGAAUGAAGGGCUAGUUUACGAAAACUUCUCUAACAGACACCUGCGCGCUAGUCCGCGGGUUUCGCUCUACUAUACAUGUGAGGACAAAGGCCGCCAGCAUGACACACGUACGGCAACACGGGGGACCAGCGGCCAAUUUCACAAAAAUGACGAGUGACAUGGAGCCACUCAAAGCUGUGAAUAAAUUUCCGGAUAAUGUAACGGAGAUCGUUCAGUAUGUUCCUGCAUCAGAUACAAAGAAGGUGCAGAAGAGGAAGGUUACAAUCCGUGGAAUCGUUGCUAUAGGUCUCCCCACGGCACUGGCAAUCAUUGCAUUAAUAACAGGACUGCUAGUGUGGCAUUUCCAUUUCAGAUAUAAUGGAAAGGUGCGGAAGAUGUUCAGUGGUCAUCUGACCAUCUCCAGUCAGACGUUCUCUGAUGCUUAUGAAAACAACAACAGCACCGAAUAUAAGGAGCUGGCUUUAAAAGUCUCAAAGCAGCUCAAAAGUAUAUAUGGCCAAGUGCACGUGCUGUCCAGGUACCAUGUGGCAUCUAGUGUACAGGGUUUCAGUGAAGGCAAUAAUAAUGGUAUUAUUGCAUAUUACUUGUCUGAGUUUAAUGUGCGGGAAUCCAAAGUAUCUGCUUUGGAAGAGGCUAUUGCAUCCAUGGAUGACACAGAAAAUACCAGGAAAAGCCGAAGAGGGUUCAGUCGCAUGACUGACAGCCUCAUCAUUGAUGGCAUUACUUCAGGAGCUGUGGAUGCUCGAUUAGCUGACCGAAACCUCAAACGGUCCAGUAAGAGGUCGAAUCAUGCUCAUGCAAACCAGACAGACAUAAUCCGGUCUCCUGGUUUCCCCGAUAACUCUUAUUCUCCCAACCUUUACACUGAAUGGCAGAUACGGGCUGACCCAGAGCACAGGGUCAGACUGGAGUUUGACGUCCUGGACCUGGAGAAGGAUUGUCAUAAUGACUUCAUCAAAGUGUACGACUCAUUAGCACCAUCAGAGAAGCUAGUCAUAACUGAGAAAUGUGGAUACCGCUUACCCAACGAGAAGCUAAUAUUCAUCUCUUCUGGCAAUGUCAUGCUGGUUACAAUGGUGACUAAUGAAGAAAAAAACUACCCAGGUUUCAGGGCAAUUUACUCACAGAUUCCAGCCAAAAUUCAAGACUGUGGAGGUCGUCUAACAGGUCUCCGUGGUGCCUUCACAUCACCUGGAUAUCCCUCUCAUUACCCACCUCAGAUUGAGUGUGUCUGGAACAUUGAGGUUCCACCAGGAAAGCAUAUCAAGGUGAAGUUUGACAAGUUCUCCAUACACAAUCCUGAACAGAACAUCAUCAACUGCCCCACAGACUACCUGGAGCUCAACUACAGGAUAUGUGGAGAGAAGCCACCUAAAACUGUGUACACAGUCAAAUCAAACCAAUUAACAGUAAAAUUCAAUUCUGACCGUUCCUAUGUGAGUGAAGGAUUUUCUGCAGAGUUUGAGGCCUUUGAACCCACCAAUCCCUGUCCUGGAAGAUUUGAGUGUGACAAUGAUCUGUGUAUUUCAUCUGACCAGCAUUGUGAUGGGUACAAUGACUGUGGUGAUAUGAGUGAUGAGAGAGGCUGCAUGUGUAAUGAGACUCAAAUCCAAUGCAAGAAUGGCUUCUGUAAGCCCAGCUUCUGGGGCUGUGAUGGGGUGAAUGACUGUGGAGAUAACACUGAUGAGGAAAACUGUGGGAAUUGCAAAACUUGGGAGUUCAGGUGUCGAAGUGGCCGCUGCAUCUCAGCACAGAAGCAGUGCAAUGGCUACAACGACUGUGGCGAUGGUUCUGAUGAAUCUCGGUGUGCGAAAUCCAUAGCUGUUCACUGCUCCGAUUCCACCUAUAAGUGCAAGAAUAAGCAGUGCAUUAGCAAGCUGAACCCCAUGUGUGAUGGAGAGACUGACUGUGUGGACGGUUCAGAUGAAGCCGAGUGUAAAUGUGGGAAGAAGCCUCACAAGUCCAGUCGUAUUGUCGGUGGAAAAGACUCAGAUGAGGGAGAAUGGCCCUGGCAGGUCAGCCUCCACAUGAAGACGCAAGGUCAUGUGUGUGGUGCGUCUGUUAUCAGUAACAGCUGGCUGGUCACUGCUGCUCACUGCGUGCAAGAUAAUGAUCAAUUCAGAUAUUCACAGGCUGACCAGUGGGAGGUCUAUCUAGGCCUACACAACCAGGGCGAGACUAGUAAAUCUACACAAAGAAGUGUGUUGCGCAUCAUUCCUCACCCUCAGUAUGAUCACUCGAGCUACGACAAUGACAUCGCUCUAAUGGAGCUGGACAGUCCUGUGACUCUGAAUCAGAACAUCUGGCCCAUCUGCUUACCUGAUCCCACACAUUACUUCCCAGCCGGAAAAUCUGUAUGGAUCACUGGCUGGGGCAAGUUAAGAGAGGGAAGCGAUGCAGUGCCGUCAGUGUUGCAGAAGGCUGAGGUGCGCAUUAUUAACAGCACUGUGUGCAGCAAGCUGAUGGAUGAUGGGAUUACUCCUCACAUGAUCUGUGCAGGUGUAUUGAGCGGAGGUGUUGAUGCCUGCCAGGGUGACUCCGGCGGUCCAAUGUCGUCCAUUGAGGGCAAUGGGCGCAUGUUUCUUGCGGGAGUGGUGAGUUGGGGAGAUGGUUGCGGUCGCAGGAACAGACCCGGUGUCUACACACGGGUCACAGAUUACCGCAGCUGGAUCAGAGAGAUCACAGGGAUAUAAAGCCACAAUGGUGACAAGAAAAGGCCUAUAGAACAGCUUUCUGUCUUAAGGGGAUGAUUUAUUGUAAAUGGAAAAGGUGCAUUUACACAAAAAUAAGCUUUUUUAAAAACAUUGUUUAAAAUUGUAUUUGAUGUUUUUUAUUUACUGAAAAUAAAUUGACGCGUUUUAGAUAAA